AUGGAUCCAUUGGCGGUGUACAAUAACAAACGUAUUUGUGACAACCACUUUAAAACAGAACAUAAAACUUCAGGUCAUCGAUUAAUCUUUACAGCUGUACCGUCUCUAUAUUUAAAUGGUGUAACUAAAUCUCCCAAUAUUUCGGUGCAACUUGAACAUAAUUAUUGCAUUCCACGAAUGUAUAAAAAUGUACAUGUUGCUGAUAUCCCUACAGAAAAAUUGCCCAGUCAUCUAGUUGACUACAAAAAAGUUUCUUCAAAUCUCAACAUUCCUUUAAUAACUGAGAAGUUUCAACUCAAUCAACCCUCAACAUCAAAAAUGUAUAAAGAUGAAGCUAUGAAUAAAAAAUCAUUACAAUAUGUUAUGAAAAAACAUAAGCAUCUGAAUAAACAGGUUAGGAAAUUAAAAAAUCAAAUAAAACACUUUAAAAUUAUGAAAAAAGACUAUAAAACACGUCUUGCAAAUGCAGAAAAAACUUUUGCUAAAUCAGCCUUUCAAAAAAUAACCAAAGAUAUGACUUUACCAGGCAAAAUUUUCACAAGCAUGCAGUAA